GGCCGGGGCCGGAGCCGGAGCCGGAGCUGGACCUGGACGUGAAGCCUGAGCCGGAGCCGGAUCCGCGGCCGGGCCCUGAGUGGGCGUGAUGAAGGCGCUGAUCCUGGUGGGCGGCUACGGCACGAGGCUGCGGCCCCUGACCCUGAGCACGCCCAAGCCGCUGGUGGACUUCUGCAACAAGCCCAUCCUGCUGCACCAGGUGGAGGCACUGGUGAAGAAGGCAGGAGUGAAUCAUGUGAUCCUGGCUGUGAGCUACAUGUCCGAGAUGUUGGAGAAGGAAAUGAAGGAACAAGAGCUAAGGCUAGGGAUUCGAAUCUCCUUGUCGCAUGAACUGGAGCCUCUGGGAACAGCGGGGCCCCUGGCACUGGCCAGGGAGCUGCUCACGGAGAAUUCGGAUCCCUUCUUCGUUCUCAACAGUGACAUUAUCUGUGACUUCCCCUUUGCUGCGAUGGCGAAGUUCCAUCAGCAUCACGGGCAGGAGGGGACCAUCGUGGUGACCAAAGUGGAGGAGCCCUCCAAGUACGGGGUGGUGGUGAGCGACGCGGACACAGGCCGCAUCCACCGAUUUGUGGAGAAGCCCCAGGUCUUUGUGUCCAAUAAGAUCAAUGCCGGCAUGUACAUCUUUAGUCCCAGUGUGUUACAGCGAAUCCAGUUACAGCCCACAUCUAUUGAGAAGGAAAUUUUCCCUGUGAUGGCCAAGGAAGGGCAGCUGUAUGCCAUGGAACUCCCAGGCUUCUGGAUGGACAUUGGGCAGCCCAAGGACUUCCUGACAGGGAUGUGCCUCUUCCUGCAGUCGCUGAGGCAGACACAGCCUGAGCGGCUCUACUCUGGCCCGGGUAUUGUGGGCAAUGUGCUGGUGGAUCCAAGCGCCAAGAUUGGCCAGAACUGUAGCAUUGGGCCCAAUGUCAGCCUGGGCCCUGGUGUGGUGGUAGAGGAUGGCGUGUGUAUCAAGCGAUGCACAGUGCUGCGAGGUGCCCAUAUCCGUUCUCACUCAUGGCUUGAUUCCUGCAUUGUGGGCUGGAGCUCCCGUGUGGGCCAAUGGGUGAGCAAGGGAUGUGGUAGGGAAUGGGUGAAUAGCAGGACCUGGGGAGGGGACAGGCAGCUGGUUGGAGAGAGGGUUGGUGGGGGGGAAAGGAGGUGGGGAGCUUCUUCCUUCCUGAAUCCUACCUCUUCCCCUACCUGCCCCCAGGUGCGCAUGGAGAACGUGACCGUGCUGGGAGAAGAUGUCAUCGUGGGCGAUGAGCUCUACCUCAAUGGGGCCAGUGUACUGCCCCACAAGUCCAUUGGCGAAUCAGUGCCUGAACCUCGAAUCAUCAUGUGAACUGAGGUGCAAGGCUCAGGUGUUUCUGUGCCUCCAAGGGGAGGGAGCUGGAGCCCUCUCUCCCCAGCCCGUCACCACAAAGGGAAGGAGAAGGCCCCUGUAAAUAGCUCUGUUUAUAAUGGAAGAGUUCAAACAAAGCUGGCGUUAUAUUGUUUAA